AUAUCUUUUUUUGUUUCUGUUGGGGCAGGGGCACUGCAAUAUAUAAAUUGCUCGGAUGCAAAAAGUGGUUUGUUUAUAUAAAUGUUUGUUUUACAGCAUGAAACAAUAAUAAAGUACGGAGAGACACCGGAGUUCAGUGGAAUGGCUGUAUCCCAUCUUUUAUGUGAUAAGAACAUACUUAAAAGAACUGGUCAAGUUUAUUUAUCAGCUGACAUUGCUUCUGAAUAUGGCUACACAGAUAUUGAAGGGAAUUCACCUCCUUCAAUGAGAAGUUUUAAACUCAUGGUUGCCAUGUCACCUCUCAAAUCAAUUGCUGCAUUUAUUCCACAAUGUCUCAAGCUUCCAUUUUGGUUAUAUAAAAUAAUUCUACCAAUGGCCACUCCAGCAGUAGAAAAUAAGAAGAGCAAAUAUGAAUGAACUCUUUUACCUCUAGUAACUGGUGUGUGGUGUACUGGUAUCCAUCUGCAAGAUUCACCACUGAUAUUAGUGUAGGCAGGACUUUAUUCUAAUGCGUGCUGCCAUUAUUUUAGGC